AAGACAUCAAAUCCCCUUGCGUCAAUCCCUUGUGAGGAGAGGAGACAGUAAUCCAAGUGGUACGCGGCGCCUUUUUUUUUUUGGAGGAAUCUAGUUAAACGCGGCAUCGGAAUUUCUAACUAAACGCGGCUAUUAACCUAGGUCGUUGGCACCCGAAAAACUCGCGUCCGGCGCCGUCGCCAUCGUCGUCGCCCGAUGGCCAAGGAAGGAGACGAGCCGCCGGACUUGGAGAGGGGGUCCAGGCCCGGGUCCGUAGUCAUCGUCGUCGUUGCGCCACCAGCAAACUUCGGCGCCCGGCCAAGGUCCUCCGCUGCCUCCGGCGGAGAAGACGACGACGACGAUCGCAAGAUGCCGAACUACGUUUGGGUGCCUCUGCAGCUGCUGCUGACGGCGGUCGCGUGCUGCCCGCUGCUGGCGCUGGUUAUGACGCGGACGGACUGGGUGGAGAAGGUCGUCUUCUCCGCCGUUCUGCUGCCCACCGUCGUCGGCGUCUUCUUCUUCCUGCGCGCCGUGUGCAAGAGGCCGCGCAUGGCCGUCGUUGCCAGCAUGAUCAAGAGAUAGAGCCCUGGUCGGCUCGCUUCAGCAUCUGACGUCCACAUACAUGAGCACUAACCACAUCCACACGACACACAUCGUAUGCUUUGAAGUGUUAUAUAAGAGAGACCUAUACACGUGGUGUGUACUAGGUGUAUGAUUUGAUGUUUAGGGGUCCAACUCAUGCGCGUGUGGUCGUGCUUGUGUGUUUGUUAAUAGAUGUGUUAGUGCCACUGUCAGUCUUAUAUGUGUAUACUUUUUUUCCUUUUUUUUGUGGUGUUAUAAGCUUCAGAGUGAAGAUUACUUCAACCAAAACAAAAGGAGGAUAUGUUGAAAUCAUUAUUACUGCAAGAAUGUGUCUAGACCGCCUAUCGACUUCAGCAUCGUAAUUGGCCUAAUUGCGGCAUGUGCCACUUAUUGAAGCGCGAACCGGAUUCUGCGGUUCACCUCAUGUUAAAAUGUCGUUUUGUGGUUCGGAUCUGAAAUA